AAUUAAAGCAAAACCUCAAGGAUGAAGAAAACAUUGUUACUAGAGCCUGCCAUUUCCUUAUAUAUUUUUGCCUAUGCUGUGACCUCCCCUCUGAAGCAGCAGUAUGUGUACAAGAGGAUCUGGGAAGAAACUAUCAACUCUACCUUCAUAGUUCAAGACAAUGUUUCUCACUGUGAAGUAAAUCAAAGCAAUCCAACCUACUUGAAGCAGAAGGAAGUCCAAGAAAAAGCCUCCCUCUUUGUCAUGAAAACGGACCUCUGUGGGGCAGUGUUCAGCAUCUUGGUGGCCUUUGUCCUAGUAGCAAAUGGUGACCGAUAUGGACGCAAAAUAUCCUUGGUCCUUCCUCUGGUGGGGAAUCUUGCCAGCAGCAUCUUUCUCUGUGUGAUGUCAGACUUGUCUUUGCCCCUCUACCUUUUCUUUGUUUUCUCCUUGGUUGGUGGCCUGUUUGGGGACCUGGCUACCUUUCUCGGAGGGGCCUUUUCCUUUGUAGUUGAUUGUUGUGAGACUCAGAAACAAAAGACCAUCCGAAUAGCUGUGGUCGACUUGAUCUUUGGAUUCGCAUCUGGAUUGGGAGGACUGGUCUCAGGUUACUUUCUAAAAAAAAUAGACUUUAUGUGGACGUUUGCCAUGAUUUCUCUAUUUCACGUGGUCAACAUUUUCUAUGUCAUAUUUUGCUUGGAUGAAACAGUGAGAGUCUCGGCAUUCCAGACACAAUCUUGGCGGGAAGGUCUUAAAGAAACUCUUUCUGGAGUAUAUAUGCUCUUUAAAUCCUCCACCUGUAAGAAGCGAAUUUUAAUCAUCUUGCUGCUUUGUACGUUCAUGACUUACCUUUUCACAAUGUUUGGAGGGACUAGUCUCUAUGUGCUGUAUGAACUGAAUGCUCCCCUCUGUUGGAAUGCCAUUUACAUAGGAUAUGGCUCAGCGGUGUCUACCUCAGUCUCUCUGACUGGUUUCCUAGGGAUUGUUUUUCUUUCUCAGUAUCUGAGAAAUAGCUACCUUGUUUUUAUUGGAAUCUUCUCUUAUAUUGGAGGAACUAUCAUGGCCGCCUUUGCCAAGACUACAUUGAUGAUGCUUUUGGUGAGAGUGCCAUCUAUGUUCCUUUUUAUACCCAUUCCUGUUAUUCGAUCCAUGUUGUCCAAAAUAGUUCUUCCUAAUGAGCAAGGAGCUUUAUUUGCUUGCAUUGCCUGCUUAGAGGUUGUGACCGGGACCAUUUCAGUUGCUGUUUUUAAUACCCUCUAUGCAGUGACUGUAGCAUGGUUUCCUGGCUUCACAUUUCUCUUAUCAGCUGGUUUCUGCAUAAUUCCACUGAGUUUAAUGAGCUGGUUUAUGUACAUCACCCGGCACCAAGAGAACUUUGUGCUACUCAUCAAUGAAGAGGACUGUCCCGGGCAGAAUGACAACAGCUGAAUAGAGAAUACACCAAGCAGCUACUGCUCUCAAGCUUCUAUAAUGACUGGACCUGUGGAUGGAGUUGCUGUAGUUUUCAGUGCUCCACAAUGGCUCAAUUGCGAGAGUUUCACAAUAAUUGACUGGCCCGAGUUUGAUUUUGCCUUGGAUUGCCUAUAGGAUGCCGUGCAAGGGAUG